GGUGUAUCAUGCAACAUACACUAUUUUCAGUUUUGUUUCUUUUUUAUUUUUAUUUACUAGUCCAUAAUUUUAAUAUGUUUGUAGUAUUUAAUUUCUGUUACAAUAAUAUAAGAUUUUGUGCGGUCUUAUAUAAUACUUGUGUGUAGAACGUAGAGUAUGUUGAGGUUAUCAGGAUACAUAUGUAUAUACAAACAGAUUAGCGUUUGUUGGACUAAAGUUUGAAAAGUCAAGUACAAUAAUAAAAAAAAACUAAAUGAAAUAAUGUAACAUUUUAUACUUUAGGCAAUGAAUAUUACAAGAGGAAUAUGCCUAGUUUUUGGUAAAGUAAAUCAUCUAAAAGAUCGCUUGUUCUCACCAAAAAAUUUAUUGUAUACAAAUGUAGCAAUAUCGACAUCUCUGUCUGGUACAGGAGAUAUUUUAGAGCAACAUUACGAAAUAUUAAAGGGUGAAUGGGAUAAAUGGAGCUUUAUUAGAACAAGAAACAUGGCAAUAUCUGGUAUGUCCAUAGGAAUAGUCUGUCACUACUGGUACAAUUUUUUAGAUGCUAGAUUGGCCGGACGCACUAUUGGUAUAGUUUUGAAAAAAGUGAUUAUAGAUCAAUUAAUUUGCUCGCCUAUGUGCAUAAGUAUGUUUUUCAUAACACUAGCUGUACUGGAGAAUAGCAACUGGACAGAUUUUAAGAAUGAAAUUAGAAAAAAAGCACAUAUACUGUACAUAGCCGAAUGGGUUAUAUGGCCUCCAGCACAAGUUAUUAAUUUUUACUGGCUUCCCACACGUUACAGAGUCCUUUAUGACAAUAUGGUAUCUCUUGGAUACGAUGUGUACACCAGUCAUGUAAAACAUAAUACAGAAACAGCUGAAAGUUGACACAUAUGUAUAACUUUAUU